GGGCAGGGCUGUGGGGGGGCUGAAGGAGGCGGGGCCUGGCUGCAGGAGAGAUUUCAAAAUGACUUCCAUGUUGAGCCGUGCUAUCAGACGCCUCCCUGCUACCUCUGCGUGGGCUUUCAGAUUCUCAGCAAGACCCUUCAGUUGCUCGCCUCUGUCCCAAGCCACAGUCCAGCCCAAAAGUAAGAAAACCUUAGCCAAAAAUGGUGUGAAGAAUAUCGUGGUGGUGGACGGGGUCCGCAUUCCAUUUUUGCAAUCUGGCACCUCAUACGCAGACCUGAUGCCGCAUGACUUGGGUAGAGCCUCGCUGCAAGGAGUCACUCAUCACACUUCUGUGUGCAUUGGCAAAGAAAGCCAUUGAUGCUUCGUUGCGUUUGUGGAUUACAUUAUUUUUGGCACAGUUAUCCAGGAGGUGAAAACAAGCAAUGUUGCUAGAGAGGCUGCCUUGGGAGCUGGCUUCUCUGAUAAGACCCCAGCCCACACAGUCACUAUGGCUUGCAUCUCGUCAAACCAAGCUAUGACCACAGGAGUUGGUCUGAUUGCAUCUGGCCAGUGUGACGUGGUGGUAGCUGGCGGCGUGGAGCUAAUGUCGGAUGUGCCCAUUCGUCACAGUAGGAAGAUGAGGAAGACUCUGCUCUCCCUUAACAGGGCCAAGACCUUGGCACAGAGACUGGCACUGAUUACUAAAAUCCGUCCUGAUUACUUUGCCCCAGAGCUCCCAGCCGUGGCAGAGUUCUCCACCAGCGAGAGCAUGGGGCACUCAGCAGACCGCUUGGCUGCUGCCUUUGCCAUCUCCCGUGUGGAACAAGAUGAGUACGCCCUGCGUUCCCACACUCUGGCCAGAAAAGCCCAGGAUGAGGGGCUGCUCACUGACGUGGUACCCUUCAAAGUGCCAGGCAAAGAUACAGUUCUCAAAGACAAUGGAGUCCGUCCGUCCUCAAUGGAGCAGAUGGGUAAACUGAAAGCUGCUUUUGUCAAGCCUUAUGGGACUGUGACAGCUGCCAACUCUUCCUUUCUGACGGAUGGGGCCUCGGCAGUUCUGGUCAUGUCUGAGGAGAAGGCUCUGGCCAUGGGCUACAAACCAAAGGCCUACCUGAGGGAUUUCGUGUACGUGUCCCAGGACCCCAAGGACCAGCUCCUGCUUGGCCCGACCUAUGGGACUCCGAAAGUGCUGGAGAGGGCUGGUCUCACGCUGGCUGAUAUCGACGUGUUUGAAUUUCACGAAGCUUUCGCUGGGCAGAUUUUGGCUAACCUGAAAGCGAUGGAUUCAGAUUGGUUUGCACAGAACUACAUGGGCAGGAAGUCUAAGGUGGGAGCCCCGCCUCUGGAGAAGUUCAAUACCUGGGGUGGCUCCCUGUCUCUGGGCCACCCCUUUGGCGCCACCGGCUGCCGGCUAGUGAUGACUGCGGCUCACCGGCUGAAGAAGGAAGGAGGGCAGUACGGCCUGGUCGCUGCCUGUGCUGCGGGAGGGCAGGGCCAUGCCAUGAUUGUGGAACUGUACCCCCAGUAACAGCAGAGGAGCAGCUCCGGGGGGCGCCGGGCCCAUGCACUAAGAACGUUUCUGUGACCCUUUCACAAAGGCAUCCCGUGGCCUUGGUAAAUACCUUCUUGUUGCCCUGCCAGUGAUCUGGAACCAGUGAAUGCUCUGUGGAAUACACAUCAUGCCGGUAACCUGGCCCGGCGGCCCCCCGCACUCACCCCAAGCACAGAACUGCCAGGCUCUCGGCGUGCGCCGCCUCAGCGGAGUUCCAGCGCUAGUGCUCAGGAAGGGGGCUGGGGAGUCUGACCCGCUUUGGGACGGAGCUGUAACUGCCUUAAUAAACAGAGAUUAGAUUGAA